CCCCCAAUUUUAGGGUUUCAUCCCAAAUUUCAGGUCUCCCAUCCCAAAUUUCGGGCCCCAUUCCCAAAACCCCGCCCCCAUCCCUGCCCCCCGAUGACGUCACCGCCUCUUUGCGGUUUUUGGGGCCGCGCCCCCAAAUUUUGGGGUUCGCCUCCAAAUUUUGGGGCGCCCCGACCUUAAUUAGCGCCUCGAUGACGUCAUCAACCUCCCCGGCCGGUUUUUGGGGUGCCCGGAGCGAUUUUGGGGCUCCCUGACCUCAAUUUGGGACUCGAUGACGUCAUCAACCUCCCGAACCGGUUUUUGGGGUGCCCGGACGAGUUUUGGGGUUUUUUUUAGGAUCGGCCCCAAUUUUGGGGUUCAAUUAAAGGCUUUGGGUUUUUAAUUAAAGAUUUCGGGGCGCUGAUGACGUCACGGGGGUGGGGAGGGAAGCGUUGGGGGUGAUGACGUCACCGCACCCCAAAAAUGCGGCCCCGCCCCCCCCCCCCAAAAUUCCAGAGCGGCCGCGGCCGAAUUUGGGGAGAAACUCUCGGGAUCAGCAGUUUCGGGGCCAUGGGGCUCCUCUGCCGCUGCUGCCGCCGUCGGGGUCACGGUCGGGGUCAAGGUCGGGGUCAAGGUCGGGGUCACGCUCGGGGUCACGCUCGGGGUCACUCCAAGUCUCGGCGCCACCCCCGGCCCUGCUCCCCUCCCCCAGCCCAGCCGCCGUGCCCGCCAGUGACGUCACCGAUGACGUCAUCGCUGCCCGCUUACGUCAUUUGGCCGCCGCCCGCCAUCGUCAGCCUCGGGGGGCCGCGGGUGGCGCUGCUGGGGGGCGGCUUUUGACCGAAAACCGGGAAUUUCCACCCAAAAAUCGGGAAUUUCUAGCGAAAAUUAGAAUUUGUAUCAAAAAUCGGGAAUUUGUAACCAAAAAUUGGGAAUUUGUACCCAAAAAUCGGGAUUUUAGAGCCCAAAAAUUGGGAUUUUAGAGCCCAAAAAUCGGAUUUUUGACCAAAAAUCGGGAAUUUGUACCCAAAAAUCGGGAAUUUGUACCUAAAAAUUGGAAUUUGUACCAAAAAAUCGGGAAUUUGUACCAAAAAACCGGGAUUUUAGAGCCCAAAAACUGGGAUUUUAGAGCCCAAAAAUCGAGAAUUUAGAGCCCAAAAAUCGGAGUUUUGACUAAAAAUUGGGAUUUUAGAGCCCAAAAAUCUGGAAUUUGUA